UGCCUUUGACCCGGAACUUUGGUGCUUCGAUGCCGCUUAAAGACACUUGCGUAGCCGGAAGUCCCGGCGGGUACCUAGGGUCCAACCUGGCUUCCGCAGCCCGCUGCGGCGGUUACUGUGGCGGAGAGACUUGCUAUGGAAGCCAUGGCAGCUGCGGCGGUGGCAGAGAGGAAGGUGGCCGAUAACGACUGCGCAGAGCCCAGAUGUGUGCACUGGGGGGAGCUGAGCCCGACUUCCACUCCACCUGGACCCCAGGAGAAGGAGACGACAGCAGAGAGAAUAGCAGGCAUCCCCUGCGGUGACAGCUCCCAGACAGAGAGUCCGGCCGUGAGGGCCAUGCUGCACGCUGUCGCUGCCAGCCACCUGCCUGUGUGCAGUCAGCAGCAGGGCGAGCCUGAUCUCACAGAGCCUGAGAAGGUGGCCAUCCUGGGCCAGCUGUAUCACAGGAAGCCACUGGUGUUCCUGGAGCGCUUCCGCACAGGCCUGCGGGAAGAGCACCUGGCCUGCUUCGGCCAUGUGCGUGGAGACCACCGCGCUGAUUUCUACUGUGCCGAGAUAGCCCGGCAAGGCACGGCACGGCCUCGAACCCUGCGCACCCGCCUGCGUAACCGGCGUUACGCUGCCCUGCGUGAGCUCAUCCAAGGAGGCGAGUACUUUAGCGACGAGCAGAUGCGGUUCCGGGCCCCGCUACUGUACGAGCAGUACAUAGGGCAGUACCUCACGCAGGAAGAGCUCAGUGCCCGCACACCGGCCCCGCAGGCCCCCAGGUCCGGCUCCCCCGGCACGCCGGCCUACCCACUGUCCGACCUGCUGUUUCAGUCCUACCAGGAGCGGGAGCUGCAGCAGAAGCUGCUCCGGCAGCAGGAGGAGGAAGAGGCCUGCCUGGAGGAGGAGGACAGCGAUGAGGAAGACCAGACGUCAGAUAAAGAUGCAGAGGCCUGGGUACCGGACUCGGAAGAGAGGCUCAUCCUUCGAGAGGAGUUCACCAGCCGCAUGCACCAGCGAUUCCUGGAUGGCAAAGAUGGGGGCUUCGACUACAGCUUUCCUCCUGUAGCGCGGUGGACGACAACCCUGACUUCGACAACCUGGACAUCGUGGCGCGCGAUGAGGAGGACCGGUACUUUGAUGAGGAGGAGCCUGAGGAUGUGUCCAGUGCAGAGCCAGAGGGGGACUGACAGCGCCUACCCUGCUCACCCCGCAGGCCCCUGAUUACAAGCGGGCUAGUGACUCAGGCCUUCAAGACAGGCCCCCUGGACUUGGCCCGCCUCAGACAAUGCCUCCCUUCUGUGGAGGGGUUCCUACUCUUCUCUGAACAUCACUGCCCCUCUUGCUCCGGCCCCACCUGUGUUCUCUCUUUGAGAUAGCAUCCUGUUGUGUAGCACUAACUUGCCUGUUACUUGCUUUGUAGCUGAGGCUGGCCCGAAACUCAGUGCUCCUGCCUCGGCUUCCUGCAUGCUGUGUGUACAGGCAGAUCCCUGUGCCCUGUCUACCCAUCCUGUUCUUACCCUCCCUCCCUUCAUGCCACUGCCCUGCCUCUCGCUUCCCAGGUCUCUAACUUCUGUGCGUCCACCUCUGCCCACCGCAGCCGGGUCACAGGUGCUGUGCCCACAGCAGGGCCCUGACAUUGUCUGCUGGCUGCAGCUAUCACAUGGAUGCUAGUAUGCUAGCGUCAAGCUCCCGAUGCCCAGCAGAGCUCUUGAGUUUCUCCACCUCUCUGCCAGCGUCCUCCUCAUCCUUGGUCACGUCCCAAGUUAUCUCCAGGCCUCUAUGUCUGCCCCUCUGUCUCGGCCUUUACGACUCUGGUUCUCUGGGCCCCCUCCCCCAGACCUGGCAGCUAACGGCAGCAGCAGCCUUCCCUGUGGGUGGAGGUGAGGGGAACCCAGGUGGCACCAGCCUCGGCUGCUCCUAUUAGACACUGGCUGGGGUGCUGGCAGAGGCAGAGCUGGGUACCACAGGGCCAGCCUGAGUGUAAGAGGAGCAUGAAGAGGGGGCUCUCCCCUAGCAGCCCCCCUUCCCAGCCACAAUUUUCCUUCUCCUCACUCCCUCCUCCCCCUCCCCCUCCUGUUUACACUCCCCAAAUACGCACAGGCUGUUAUCAUGGGUCUUGAGUCAUCACACAGACACACAGCCUGCCCCAGUGUCCCUGCCCCCAGCCGGCCACAGGGCCCGCCCCACAGAGCCCCCUGCUGCCCUGGGCUAAUGAAAGCCAGAUGGCUGCCUGUGACUCAGCCGUGGCUGUGGGAACCCAGACAGCCUACCUUCCCAUGCCCCACACCCGGCCUUUGCUUUGUGUCCCCAGCAGACAGAAGCGACCUGCUUCUGUGGGGAUGGAGGCUAGCGUCUGGCCUGAGGUUCCAGACUGCUCUGGCCAUACCUAAAGGACCCUCAACACUGCUUUGUAACGCCAAGGUCCUGACCCUGGGUCUUGGCCCUGCCCUCUUGUCUCCAACUCGCCCUGUGGGGCAGAGGUCUUUCUCUUAAACUGCUGGGAGACCCUCAACGGCUCAGCCUGGGCCAGGCCUGAGUGACACCCCCUAACAGCCCUGGAAACAACACUGUCAGCUGCCACUUGUCACAAAGGAUGAAAAGGGCCCAGAAGUAACCGUCAGCAUCUUGAGACCACCUGGCCUCCCAGGCAGAUUGGAACACCGUAACAUGCACAGCAUUUGGCCUGUGUGCCACCACGUGACCUCAUUGGACAGCGGUGGAGAUGCAAAGACAGACUUCCUCACAUCGUAGGGGACUGUAGAAGGGGCAGGUGACAGAUUGUUACACCUCUACUCUUACCUCCCAGAGGACACAGUGAAUCCACACUGGGACCCCACCACACUGGGCAGGAGCCAGGGGGACUCUUUUGGGAAGUUGUGGCUUAAGUCUUUAUCACAGUUGACCAGUGUUCUGUCCAAUCAUUAAACGUAUUUAAGAUAGUAA